CAUUAGUCGAGGCUCCCACGUUAUCUUAUCACCAACACAGCCGUAUUGAUUUAAGCAGUAAUGGCUGAACGAGUGUUGUCAACACUUACUCUGUUUAUUUGCAUUUGAAUUCCUUUUUGUUAUUUUUUUUUAUAUAAUUAUAUGACAAUUUUAUAAGAGACUGCUUGACGUAUCGUAAAAAUGUUUGGGUUCAAAGCCUCCCUUAACUUCUACAAUGGCAGUAGACGGAAGACCAAGAAAGAACGAGCCGAGCUUGGCGCUGUGCUUUCCGUCACUGGUGCCUACAGAACCAAUAGAGAUGACUCAUUUGGCUACAACUACCCAGACACACGGAAAUCAACACCAGCACUGAACAACAACCAACCAAUGCCCGCCGCGGCCCCACCUCCCGUCCGACCAAUAAGACAAGCGAAAAGCACCAGCGACCUUAUUCUAGACAAAAACCUUCCACCGAACCUAAGACCAGAGAACCCAGGAGUAUCCAAAGACCCACGAGGAGCCGAACAAGACCCUCGCAACAACAGAAUACCUGACAAAAGCAAGGAGAGAAAACUAGACGCACAAAUACGAGUGGACAAACAGAGGCUUGAAGAACAAAAGAAGUUGGAGAAACAGCGGAUAGAAGAACAGAAGAAAUUGGAGAAACAGAGGAUAGCGGAGCAGAAGAAAAGAGACAAGUUGUUGUUGAAAGAGCAAGCGAGAAAGGAGAAGUUGAGGAGAGAGAUGGAGAAACAGAGUAAAAAGAGUAAGGCGCCACCGCCGCCAAUGGCGAAUGGGGCGAAUAAAGCGAAUCCUGUUGCGCAAGUACGACAGCCUCAACCGCAGACGUUACCUCCGGGGGCGAACCCUGUAGCGCAACUACGGCAACAACCGCAACCGAGCACAUCGAACGCACAACCAACACAGAUGACAAACUCAACAAAUACUCUAGAAAGUUCUAUCAGCAAGAGUAGUGGGCCUCCGCCGUACUCUGCUGCAAAACCAGAAGGAGAAAAAGAUGCGACCGGCAACGUCACUUAUGCGAAACCAGAGGAAGAAGACAGUUGGGACUUGAUAUCUAAACACAGAGAGAACAUGAACAGGGCUGCAGCCGCCGCAGCAGCUACAGCAGCCUCAAAAUCUGCAGCCAAGCAAACAGUAAUGGACUUAAACUACAAAAUCGGUGAGGAAAGUAAAGACAAUAGUGAAGCCUGAUAUGUAUACGAGUGAGUUUUUGUUUAAUUUUUUGUAUAUUAUAGUUACUAAGCGUUUAAAUGUUCGUUAUGUGUUUUCUAUUUAAGAAAUAAAUUUAUAUUUUCAUAGUAAA